AUGGGUUUGCUUUCGCCUCUAUUGACGGGCUCUCGCGCACUGUCUUUCCUGAACGAAGAGCCCCCGAUCUCAGACAGCCAAGACCCAGCCCCGUCAAAGCUCAAGGUAAAACUCCGCUCGUGGAUGUGGCUGGCAGCCACUCAGUGUCAAGAUGGCGCGAUCCAGAGCAUCCUCCAACGUCUCGACGACACUUCUGAAGAGCCUGCUCCGGUAAUACUUGAGAGAGAGGUGGUGCCAGCUACAGGGAAGACCUUCUCGGAUGAUCCUGAGGCAGGCCCCAAGUCUAAUCGCCUGGUGGAUCUUGAAAAGGAGAUUGAGGCGACCCUAGGACCGGAGGGAGAAGGCAUGGACGACGAUAUCGAGGUCUUGCGGAAAGCGGCAUCAAAUACGUAUCGAAACUUGUCUCCCCAAGAGAGGGUUGGACCUUUGUCAGAUGUUGAAGGUCGAUGCUCCAUCUUGUUCAUCGCCAUUUGCCGAGGGCACGACAACGAUGCAGAGUAUCUCCUCAGGAACCACAAGAUCGACCUCACAUUUCAAUCCUCCAAAAACAAACGAACAGCACUCUUCCAGGCGGUGGCUCAGAAGAAAGCCAACCUCGUAUCGCGGAUCCUCCAACAUCCCUUCAUGGCGCCCUCGCAUUACAUCAACCUUGGAGACUCGAAGAUGUUCACAGUGUUGCAUCAAAUUUCGGGGAUGGCGAGUGAGCCUGUUGAAGACGGCGUUAUGCUAAGAAUUCUUGAUGCGAUACUUCAGUACGGACCGAAUGUCGACGCUCUGAAUGACAGUCUGCAGACACCGCUGCAUCAGCUGAUUGUGCAAGACAUUGGCAAAGAGUCAAAGCGCUGCCUAGAACGACUUCUCGACGCAGAUGCCGAGUUCAAUACCCAAGAUAACGACGGUACGCUCAUAAUACCUUAUUACGUCGUUGAACCACUUCUAACGAAUACAGGAAACUCUCCGUUACAUGACGCAUGCAGGAAGCGGAAUCACACAGUCAUCCAGAUGCUCCUUGAGCGAGGAGCAGAGCUGGACUGCCUCAAUGACAACGAAGAGACACCUCGAGAGCUGUUCAAGCGAGGCGGCCUGAACGAAGAGGACAAAAAGUUCUUUGCCGAGAACCUUUCGUUUCUUCAAAAGGCACCCUUGAGACGCAAGACUGCUGGGAAUGUGCCUCAGAAGCCAGCCGAAUACUCUGAAGAUAUCAGGAGGAUCUGCGACAACUUUCCCGUCUAUUUCAGAUACCAAUGGGCGGGGCUCAAGCCGAAGCCUGAUGGAAGCACCUCGAUGUCUUGGACUCCCACCGGGAUCAAGGUGUCUCACGUUUUAUAUCGCAAGAAGAGUGAUAGUAAGCGAUUGGAAGAUGAUUCUGCUCAAGAGGAGUCAGAAAGAGAGAGCACCCACGACGGAUCUUCUAUCGAGGAGUCAGCCGAUGGAGGCACAUCCUUUCUCGCGGACUGCGAGGCUAAUUUCGCAUCAGAGGUCUGGGGGCGGUUGGUGAAGGAAGAUGCGGAUAUCAGCAUUGAGAAGACACCGGAGUCCCCACGAGACGACAGUCAGCGAGAAAGGGGACUGGAGGGCAGGAGGGAGGAGAGCAUACGGGUUGAACUAACAGAGGAUCAGUUCAAGAAGAAUGUCAGGGACAGUUCUUGGAGAUGGAUCAACUUCAACUCAAACAACAUGACUUGGAUCAAGGACUUUCUCAUCACUAAUAUCAGGACCUCUGAUGGUUCUGAGGUUGAUGCUCAGGCGUGGCAGUUUUUUGAAAGCAACAUCAGAGUUCGAGAGACUAACGACCUCUGUUCUCGAGUCAGAAAGCCACAUGCGCGGGUCGCCGAGAAGCCAAGUCCGAAAGUGAAUCGGCCUGCAGGGGAUGAAAAGACGCCAGCAAAGUCGGAGAAGACUACCAAACCAUCACUUGGACCUGAAAAGAGGAUAUCGUGGGCAAAUGCAGAAUGCUUCAUCAAGCCGAGUAGCAUGAUACCAUUUCUGGAUAUCGAGACCCUUCACGACCCAGAAACAGAAACAGACAAAGGCGAGAUCCUCCGCAAAAGAUAUGAACAACUCGAGAGGACAUACUCCCCCUUCACUGGAAUGCUUGGAGCACAACGACCCCAGACACUGGACCAGACAGCCAACCACGUUGAGCAAAGAGACAACACGCUGCGUACCAAAGAUCAGCAAGUCGUAUACCGAUGGCUGAAAGACCGCAUCGACAAGACGAAUCAGAAGUCUCGAAAGGAAGUCCAAGUGGAAGAGAUACCUAAAUGGGCUUUUAUCAAGUGGUUGUGGUCUCGGAUGCAAAGAAAGGGAAAGACGAAAGUCCGCACGACCCUGGAAAAGGCAAAGAAGCCGGCAACCCUGCCAUUCCUGCCAGCUGACAAUGGACAUGUCGAGAGGCGCAACAAGAGAAGGGCAAACAAAGACAAGGCUAAGAAGAUCCAGCAGGAUCUCUCUCUGAGCUGGUUGAUGGUUCGUCAGCUCUGGCUUUGGAAGUUGGAUGACAACACAAUCAUUACUGCGAUACCAGCCCGCAAGAAUGAGACAAUGGCGGAUGAUCUGUUCGAGACGAUUCGCCAAGGCAACUUGGAUACUCUUCGAACGCCAAGCGACCUAAUCAAGCGUAUUGUCUUCGAGGCAGUGACGCUCGUCAAUGAGUUCAAGUGGGCUGGACUUGGCGAGCAUGUUCUCGACAUCUUCGAGGGCCAAAUCGGCUAUGAGACAGACGAGGAGGCCAAGUUCUUCAAGAACUUUACAACAAGCGACUGGAGUCCCAGCGAAGUAAACACCAUCAUCCGACAAGCUGCCGACUCCACUUGGCGAGUCAAGGACAUCCGAGAUGAGCUUCGUCUCCUUCGCCAACUCUUUGAGACGCAGCUCAAAGUGGUCAAGGAUGUCGCAGAGAUUCUCUGGCCGUCCAGACUCCCAGGGCAGCCAACUCUUACGAAAGACACACGAAAGGUCUUGAGGGAGAGCUUUGUGCAUGACACUGGUCUUGAGACGUUGAUCCAGAGGACGCAGCGGAUGGACAGGGAUGCAUCUACGACGCUUGAAGGACUGAGUAACAUCAUCCAGGCGAUGCAAGCCCAAGCAUCCCUCAAAGAAGCCGAGGCUGCACGAUUCAUGAACUUUAUCAUCCUUCCAUUCACCAUCGUCACAGUCAUCUUUACUCCCCUCUCGUUCUUGACCAGCCUUUUUGCUAUCAACACAAGCGGGUUCCCACACAACGAGGAGGGAGAGUUAAGAUUAACUUCUGGAUGGCUAAGCUGGAGAAUGGUUGUCGGUGAGAUUAGCACACUUAUUCCACUGGGCUUGCUAGUAUUGGUAAUCUACUACCACCAGACAGAGAAGAAGAAGUCCAAGUAA